UCUCUAGCCAUCCCUGGAAGAAGAAUUCCCGGUUGGGACACCGUCCCUAUGCCAAGCGCAGACGGAUAUUUCCCGAAGAUAUGACACGUCGGAUAUUGGAAUUCGUGCGGCAGAGAUUAUCGAGUUUUGGCUGUACCUAGGCAAGCGUCCCCGACUUUCUGACGUUGUUCGGACCCAGGCUUUAAUUUGUGAUGAAUAGGGGAUAUAUUGGUGGGCGGUUGGGAGCGUGGAUUGAAAUAUUGCUGUCUCGCCUUUCUCUGUGGAUGUGGUGGGGUACGGGAUAUCAUCCGCAGCUUCUGCAAACGAAUUCUAUAGAGCUUUCAGUUGUUGGACAACAUUUUUCUCGAGCUCAGGUGCGAUGUAUCCGUUGCAGACGAUCAGACGGGCAAAUCUCUGGAUCUCAUCUCCGUCGACCUUAUUAUCUAAAGGCUCCCUCGAAGAAUAUGGCAGUCUCGGGGGCUGGCCUCACUCUUCACGCCCACCGUCAUCCUCUGCCCACCUUCCAGCGUACACCGGCAUCCACGCAUUCAUCCAGCGUCAUGAGAUCCUCCGCAAGCUGGCACACGUUUCAAUGGGCCUGGCCAUACUACUCAUGUAUAGCCACGGCAUCCGUCCGCAACGUAUAACGCCGUGGCUUUUAUCGUCUGCGCUAUUCAUCGCCGGGUUCGAUGUCACUCGUCAUCACCUGGAUAGCGUCAAUCAGCCGUGGCUGAAUAUCUUCGGCAUCUUCCUACGCAACACAGAAGUUGCUGGGUAUAAUCCGGUGAUCUGGUUUCUGCUGGGGUCCUACAUCGCGCUGCAGUUCUUUCCGGAGGAUGUCGCUCUCAUGGCUGUCCUUCUUCUGAGUGUCAGUGACACGGCGGCGUCGACGUUUGGCAGGCUGUACGGUCGCUACACUACCACUCUGCGUCCGGGGAAGACUCUGGCUGGGAGUAUGGCGGCUGGUACGGCUGGUGUUGUUACGGCGGCCUGCUUCUGGGGGUACUUUGUACCGUAUGCCAGGGAAUUUCCUGGGACUGGUGAUGACGCGUUCAUGUUUACUGGACGCCUGUGUAUGGAUUCUCUACUCAGCCAUGGUUAUCGAGACCAAUCGAGUUGUGGGGACGUGAUCGAUGGCCCGAUGGCCCUUGGUGCUGUCAGCAUUGUCACGGGAUUUGUUGCUGCGGGGAGUGAGUUGGUUGAUGUUUUGGGACUGAAUGACAACAUCACCAUUCCCGUGUUGAGCAGCGUUUGGCUCUGUACAUUCUUUAGGAUGUUUGGCUGA